AUGGUUGUCAAACAUUUUGCUAUUGCAUCAAUUUGUUUUUUGAUUUGCACAACUCAUAUUGUUUAUGGUCAAAGUCCUUUUCGAGAUGAGAAAUCAUCCUGUGGAGAUAAUCAAAAGAACAAACCUCUUACUAUAGCACUUAAGCUUCGUGACAUAGCUAUCAUGGGUUUGCAGGAAUCAGAACAUCUGAUUCGGGUUUUAAAUAGAUCAUCUAAUAACCAUUGUGGAAGUGAGAGGAUAGAAAAACUUACAGGCACCUUCAUGGUUAAUUCUCAAGAAAUGGACGAUAAUGGAUUUAAAUAUGAAGGAGGAGAAGGUAACGGUGAUGGCCUUGGUGGUACCACACCUUGA